AUGUAUCUCUCACAUGUAUCUCGGCCUCGCGGAAGGAAACAACAGACAACGGAAAGAAAAAUAGUGUCGAGUGUUGUUUCUGAACUCAGAAAAGUCCGUUGAUAUAUCCCACAAAAAUAUCCAUUGAUAUAUUGGCAAACGAAAUAUAUUAUCAAACAAAAAAAUAUAUACAUAUACCAAUUGAACAUACCUACAGCGCGCUUUGAUAUCGCUCCACCGCUGUCGUCGUCAGGUUGUUGGGGCUCCACCACGCACACGUUUAGAAUCGGUGUAUCGGAACGGGCCGUUCGUUCGGUCUCCACACACUCAUACAGCUGCAGCGAUACAUACAUACACACGGUUGUGAUUUGGCGCGGACCUGUAUGCGUGAUGAAUGUGAAGCCUACAACAAAAUAAAAGAAAUCAGAGUAAAAGAAAACAGAAUACAAAACCCACAGAAAACAGUGAAUGUAAAACAUUGAAUAUUCCAUUUUAGUUAAGUUCUUAAAUGAAACAAAACUAAAGUCUCUUUUGGAUUUCCCGUAUUUUUUUUUCGUGUGUGUGAGUGUGUUUGUGUGCGGGAGCAAACCAGAAAGGGGAACAGCAACAAAAGCAAAGCAGCAGAAGAAGAAGAAAGAACCAGAAAGAAAGAAAAAAAUGUGCGGCAGUUCGAAGAAGAAGCCAAAGCAGAUGAUGUAAACUUUGUUGUAACCAAAACUUGGACAGAGAGCGGGACAGCGAAAGAGAGAGAGAGAGAGAGAGAGAGUGAGAAACGAACUCUAGAAAAGAACACUCAGACGGAUUUUUCUUCCCCCCACCUACUACUACUACACCUACUCCUCCAUCGACUUCAAUUUUUUUUUGUGAGAGUGCAAGUGUGUGAGAACGAGAGCUUUCUACAAUGCCAGAAACGGAGCACGAAAGCUGCAGCAAAGAGUGGCUCCAGGUCCAGCUGCGCUCUCUGGACGCCAAGGAGCUGAUCCUGCUCGACUGCCGCGGCUCCCACGAGUACAGCGAAUCGCAUAUCCGUGGCGCCGUCAAUCUGUGCAUUCCCAGCAUUGUGCUGCGGCGCCUUGCCACCGGCAAGAUCGAUCUGGCCUCCACCAUCAAGUCGCCGGAUCUAAAGGAUCGCAUCCAGACGGGCUACAAGCUCUGCCUCUUCAUUCUCUACAACGGCGAGGGCGUGGCCGGACAGCAGGAUGUGGCCGGAGCCGGAAUGGGGGCCAACGAUUCGAUUAUCAAUAUCUUGCACCGCCGCCUCAAGCAGGACGGAUGUCGCGUGGUCGCACUGCAAGAUGGCUUUUCCAGUUUUCGCUUAGCAUUUCCGGAAUGGUGCGAGGAUGACAGCCAGGCGCAGAACAAAGAGAUGGAAUCUAGUCGCAAUGUCCAGACCGAUCAGUUAAUGGGCCUCAGAUCCCUACGCAUUUCCACACCGCAUUCCGAUUCCGCCUGCAGCAGUUCGGCCGAGUCCUCGGACUGUGAGAGCACCACCCAUCAUCAUCAUCACCAUCAUCAUCAUCAUCAUAGCUAUAAUGAGGCGCCCGUGGAGAUAAUACCAGGCCUUCUGUUCCUGGGCAAUGUCACCCACAGCGGCGACUCGAAGGCAUUGCAAAAGUACAACAUUAAGUAUGUGUUGAAUGUGACACCGGAUUUGCCAAACGAGUUUGAAAAAUCGGGCAUCAUCAAGUAUCUGCAAAUACCGAUUACCGAUCACUAUUCACAGGACUUGGCCAUGCAUUUUCCAGAUGCCAUACAGUUUAUAGAGGAAGCGCGCUCUGCGAACUCGGCGGUGCUGGUCCACUGCCUGGCUGGCGUUUCGCGCUCGGUGACCGUGACGCUCGCCUAUUUGAUGCACACGCGCGGCCUCAGCCUCAACGACGCCUUCAUGAUGGUGCGCGACAGGAAGCCGGAUGUCUCGCCCAAUUUCCAUUUCAUGCAGCAGCUGCAGUCCUUUGAAAGUCAGCUGCGACUCAGUCCUGGCGAUGGCCAGCCCAUGGACGAGGGCAACUGCGGCGGCAUGAUGGGUGGAAUGGGGGGACCCCCGGUGGGCUUGGGCCUGGCUCCCGUUGGCAGCUCUGUCUCGAAUUCGGUAUUGAUGGACAAUCCCAGUGUGGUUGCCUCCCGUUGCGGCGGUCGCGGCUCCAAGUUCUCGUGCAACUGCAUUGCUGCCGACUGCAAGUGCAUGCAGACCGGCGGCUUUAUGGCUGCUCAUUUGGCCAAGGCCACUGGUGUAUCGCCGGACUCGGGCAUUGAGUUUGAUCGCUGGACACCAUCCUCGGACACGGGUCUCAAAUGAGACCAGCUGCUGGGUGGGAAGAGUUUUGUGCUGCCGCCAAGUCAGGAGAUUCUAUUAGGAGGAGCAGGAGCAGGAGCAGGAGCCGUUGCAGCCACAUCGCCACCGCCAUGCUGCAUCUAUCUGUCGGCCAGCGACAACAUGUCGCCGGCCAGCACCACCAGCUCAUCCACAUCGACCACAACCACCGCAGAGGCGGUGUCUGUGGUGGAGGUGGUGCAGCGGGACGAUCAGAUGCAGCUGGAAAUGAUGGCCGAUGAGGAGCAGCUACAGGAGGAACAAGAUGCUGCACAAGAUGCUGCUCCUGAUGGGAAUGCGUUCUAGGAUGCGUUCUUGACGACAAGAAAAUAGACAAAGCGUUUUCCUACACACACACACACAUAAAAACACAUACAUAUGAGCAGCCUAUAUAAAUGGGGGUACACUCCUUCAAAUGCCACUUGGAUACGAAAUAAAAACAAAGAAUAUCUCCCCGUCUUUGACGACAUUGAAGCAUCCAAGUGAAAGAAUACCCAUAAAAAAUAACUAGAAUUAAUAUUAAUAAUAUACGUAUAUAUUAAAAAUAAAUGUAAUAUUUGGUACAUUUCUAAGGUCUAAAUGCAGCAAAAUAAUGUCUUGCAACAAACAAACAAAAUCCAAUGUUAUCCACACAACACACACACAAGCACAGACACACAGAAAGAUUAAAAAAUAUAUAAAAUAUAUUUAUAUAUGUAUACUAUACACCCCACCCCCACCCCAUUGUACAUGUUUGUAUUUAACUCCUAAGCCAAGUCAAAAGAAUAAUAAUAAUAAUAUUAUAUGGGAGCGAAAACCACAAAAAAAACACACAAAAAACAAAAAAAGAAAGCAAAAAGCUAAUGGAAAAAACUAAAUGUAAUAUUGAAUGGUAUUUUUAUUUUUUGGUUUGUUUUGUUGCUGUGGACGCAUAGUUUUAUUUGUAAUUUUUAAAUGUAAAAUGUACUAAAAAAAAGAAAAGAAAACUCGAACGUCGUUUAUAUGUAUAUGUAAAUGUGAAACUGUUAUACACAAUGGAACCCCCCCUUCCCCUCACUAAUAUACAUAUAUAAGUAAUACAUAGAGAUAUAUCUAUCAUAUGUAUAUGUAACUAUUGAAUGCCAAGUCAUAUUUAAGUUUAAAGUAAACUAAAAAUCCCGAAUAUCGAAGAAGAAUUUUUAAAAUUGAAGCAAACAAAAACAAAAAUAUAAAUACAAAAACCAACUAAAACGAAGAAAAAGAAAAUAAAAUACAAACAAAAAAUUUGCACAACACAAAAAGAUAUAAAAGAAAAGGAAAAGAACAUAAACCUCCACGAAAGGAGAAAAACCCCUACCCCAUAAAUUGCCAAGGGUCUGAAGGGGAUGGUUGCACAGGAUGCUGCAGAACAGAGCAAAGGUAAAUCCCAUAUUCUAGAUCGUAAGACAAAGAAGCAAAUGAUAUUCUAAACAAACAAACAAAAAAUAAAAAUAAAGAAAUGUUAUUGUUGGAAAACAGCGAAUAGGAAGGAUAAGGAAUGGUUUGUUAAAUAUAUAUUUAGGAUAUAUAUAGAUAUAGUGGUAGGUCGGCUGUUUUUCCCCACAGACAGGCAAUGUUGGUACAAAAUUUUAUCAGGUGACGUUUAACAACAACAAAAAAAAAACACAAAAUAAAUGGAAACUAAACAAAAAAAAUAAUCCAGACAUUUUUCGAAAAAAGGCUGUGCGCAAUAUAUAUAAAAAAAAAACAAACAAAAGCAAAUAAAAUAUAUGACGAAUAUAGAUGAAAAAAAAAACCAGAGAUAAAAGAGCAGGAUUCAAUAGAAGAAACAUGGCCAAAAAAAUAGAGUUGGUUAGAGAGUUUUAGCUGAAGUUUGACUGAUUUGAAGAGGGUUGCAGAUUGGAGAUGGUAAGUGAAGGAAUAGAUGGGAAUAUUUGAAAUUGAAAGCUCAGGAAAUUAGUCCAAAUGCCGGCAAAUGGGUUGUUACGAAAUGAUAUAAAUAUAUUUAUACAUAGGAAUGAUUUGAAUACUAAAGUUUAUAAGAAAGAGAAACAUUGCAUUGCAUUGCAUUAUUGAAUCUCGCACAAGUCGAGUCCGAAUAGAUACCAGAUCUCUCAUACCCACAAAACACUCAUUCCAGUUUCCACUUGGAAAUAUUUAUAUCGCAAAACAGUCUGACGUUCAGGGGGACCCCCCCGGUCCAAGUACAGGAAUGAAACGAGAAAACGUUGCGAUUUUGUUGAGGCAGCUAAAAUACGGAUCGAAGUUCCUGUUGGAGGAGGACAAGGAUGAUGCCGAGCUAGUAUAUAAGCCCCCCAAACUUUUUUCAGCGGAAAACCCUACGAUUUUGAAUGAGCUUU